AUGAUCGAAUUCAUCGCCGUCAUCGAUAAGGGCGGCAUGCUCUAUUGGCAUCAUGCGGAAAGCGAUAAACUAUAUGAGGAAUCGAUCAACAAACUUAUCAUGGACGUCCUGGCCCAGGAACGUGCCAACAUCAACCACUUCAAACACAACGACAUGGUGCUCAAAUUCCGGAUGGACAAUGAAUAUGACCUGCUCUUCAUUGUUAUCCACCAUUCCAUCAUACAGCUGGCCUAUGCCGAUAAGCUUUUGGCUGAUAUCAAUGCGAGUUUCUGUCGUAACUACGAAGAAUUCCUCUCCCAUAAAGAAAACAUAUUCCUGAGCGGCCCGGAAGCCUUUGAGGAUUUUACUAAACAAUUCCAAAAACUUUAUAAAUCCAACCGGGAAGAGAGCGAGAAGGAGGCACAAGUCGUGCGCAAGCCAAUGUCAUACCAGGAAUCCUACAAAUCGAAAAAGACCGUGGAAUCGAUGAUCAUUUCGAGGCCUGGCGAAGAAAAGAAGAAGCCGGAACCACCGAAGCCGGCUGCCAAGCAGACACCGACGUCCAGCCCAGAAUCACCUAAGCCAGCGCCGAAACGAUCAGACGAUGAGGACGAAGAUCUACAGCUAAAACGACAAGCAUUUUUGAUGAAGCAGAUGAAACAACCGAAGAAAAAGGAGCCAACAUCGCCACCACAACAGAAAAAGAAGGGAAAAGACCAGCGCGUUUGGGAGUUGGGCGGCAGCGGAAAGGAGGCGGCCGUGCUUGAUUACUCUGCCCCGGCACCGGAAGGCAAGGCGCAGGAGAACCCGGAGGAGCUGCGAUUUUUGGACGAGCAGCGUCAAUACGUCGGCCAUUCCGCUGAAAUCAAGGACUUGGAUUAUUCGGACGACGAGGAGGAGGAUGACGACGUUAUUGAAGAGAAAGUGACGAGCAAGGGCGGAUGGUUGAGCCAGCUGAAGGGGUUGGUCGGCAACAAGAAGCUGACCGCCACCGACAUUGCCCCGGUUAUGGAUAAAAUGCGCGAGAAUUUGAUAAUGAAAAACGUUGCCGCCGAGCCGGCGGAAAAGAUUUGCGACUCGGUGGCCAAUAAACUCGAGGGGAAAGUGCUGGGCACCUUUGCGCGCAUCAACAACGAGGUGAAGGAGGCGAUGCGAGAAUCGCUGACACAUCUGCUCACCCCAAAGCGACGAAUCGACAUUCUGCGCGAUAUCUUGCAGUCGAAGAGCGAGAAGCGCCCAUAUGUUGUUGUUUUUUGCGGAGUGAACGGCGUUGGAAAGAGCACGAACUUGGCCAAGAUCACCUUCUGGUUGAAUGAGAAUGGGCAUAAAGUGUUGAUCGCUGCUGGAGAUACAUUCAGGGCUGGUGCCGUGGAGCAACUUCGAACACACACCAAGCAUUUGAACGCCCUUCAUCCUAACAGUGUCAAGUUGUACGAGCAAGGAUACGGCAAAGAUCCAGCGGGCCUGGCCGCCGCGGCCGUGGAAAUUGCGAAAGAAGCGGCGAUGGACGUGGUUUUGGUGGACACCGCCGGUCGAAUGCAAGAUAACGAUGGACUGAUGAGGGCGCUGGCAAAACUAAUCCACGUCAACAAGCCGGACUUGACGCUAUUCGUCGGCGAGGCGCUCGUCGGAAAUGAGGCCGUCGACCAGCUAGUCAAGUUCAAUCAGGCCCUGGCCAACCACACGCCGCCCGGUGAGCAGCCACGACUCAUCGACGGAAUGGUGCUGACGAAAUUUGAUACGAUCGACGAUAAGGUGGGCGCCGCCGUGUCGAUGACCUACAUCACCGGGCAACCGAUCAUCUUUGUCGGCUGCGGGCAAACCUAUCGCGACCUGCGCUCCCUGAACGUCUCGAGCGUGGUGGCCGCGCUGUUGAAA